AUGCCUGUGUCGACCCUCCGCGAAGCUAUCCAAGCCGAGACCACGAUCGCUCCCACUUCCCAACACCUCUACCACAACGGUCGCUUGAUUCAAGAUGACACCAAAACCAUGGAGCAGCUACAGAUUGCCGACGGCGAGAUGCUGGCGUUGCACGUGAGGGACAUGCAAGGAAGCACUGGUGUUCCGGACCAGGGAAGAAGAGGUCCGCCGCGCCGACGACCCGGGGGCCAAGAUCCGGAGCUCAUCCGCCUCCAAAUACUCGGUGACCCAAACCUGCGUGCCGAAGCAACCCGCCAGCAGCCCCAGCUCGCCGCCGCGCUAGACGACCCGCAGCGCUUUGCCCAGCUUUUCAACGACAGCUAUGAUCGGGAGCAGCGAGAGCGCGAGGAGCGUCAGAGACAGAUUGCACGGCUGAACGAGGACCCCUUCGAUGUUGAGGCUCAGGCAAAGAUCGAGGAAAUGAUCCGCCAAGAGAGGGUCAUGGAGAACCUCCAGAACGCCAUGGAGCAUAACCCCGAAGUGUUUGGGCGUGUGCACAUGCUGUAUGUCGACGUCGAGGUCAACGGCCAUAGGGUGAAGGCGCUUGUCGAUUCUGGAGCCCAGGCCACAAUCAUGUCCCCGUCCUGCGCCGAGGCUUGCGGCAUCAUGAGACUCGUCGACAAGCGGUUCGCGGGAGUGGCCCGCGGAGUGGGCACCGCCAACAUCAUUGGCCGCGUGCACUCGGCCCAGAUCAAGGUCGGCUCAAUGUUCCUGCCUUGCAGUUUCACUGUCAUGGAGGGCAAGCAGGUGGAGCUUCUUCUCGGUCUCGACAUGCUCAAGCGCUACCAAGCCAGCAUCGACCUGGCCAAGGACAAGCUGAUCAUCCAGGGUGAGGAGGUGCCUUUCUUGGGCGAGGCUGAAAUCCCCAAGGAGAGCGAGGAGGCGUUGGAAGAGGAGCCCAGGCUGCCGGGACCGGCCGGCACCACCAUUGGUCAACGAUCUGGCGUCGUCAGCGGCCCCCAGGGCACUGCCGCUGCCACGCCACAACAAAACCCUCCCCAGCAGGCGCCUCAGCAGCAGGCUGCUGCUCAGAGCUUCCCCGAGGAGCACAUUAAUCAACUCAUGGCACUAGGUUUUCCUCGAGAAGCCGCCAUCAACGCGUUGCAGGCAACAGGUGGCAACGUCGAGUUCGCCGCCGGCCUUUUGUUCGGAGCAUAG